AUUCUGAAGUUGACCUGAUUCAGGCCUUUUAGGCCUCAAAGCUGGUGGGAUUGAGGAGCUGUGUGAGAGCAGCAUGGCUCUUGACCGUGUGUGGGCUCCGCAGGCAGUAAGCGUAGGGGAUGGGCCUGCCAAGAUCACGGGCGACCAGGCCCUGCUGCAGCCACAGGCCCUCCAGACUGCCUCCAUAAUGGAUGGCCCAGCAAAGCGGGCAGUGUGGGUCCACCGCAAGAGCUCGGAGCCACAGGAACCUACUAAGUCAGCAGCAGCCAAGGAGAGGUCCAAGCUAGCGGUGACCAAGGCCGUGGUCGUGGACCUUGGCACUGGCUACUGUAAGUGUGGCUUUGCCGGCCUGCCAACUCCCACCCACAGGAUCUCAACGACAGUGGGCAAGCCCUACAUGGAGACUGCCAAGACUGGAGACAAUCGCAAGGAGACGUUUGUGGGGCAGGAGCUCGCCAAUCCAGAGGUGCUUCUGAAGCUGGUUAAUCCUCUGCAACACGGCAUCAUUGUGGACUGGGAUACAGUGCAGGAUAUCUGGGAAUAUCUUUUCCAACAAGAGAUGAAGAUCUGCCCAGAAGAGCAUGCAGUCCUGGUUUCAGACCCACCCCUGAGCCCUCACACCAACAGAGAGAAGUAUGCCGAAAUGCUGUUUGAAACCUUCAACACCCCCGCGAUGCACAUCGCCUACCAGUCCCGCUUGUCCAUGUACUCCUAUGGAAGGACCUCCGGCCUGGUGGUGGAGGUUGGCCACGGCGUGUCCUACGUGGUCCCCAUCUAUGAGGGUUAUCCUUUGCCUAGCAUCACCGGACGGUUAGACUAUGCAGGCUCUGACCUGACAGCCUACCUGAUGGGCCUGAUGAACAAUUCAGGAUAUAACUUCACUGAAGACCAGAUGGGCAUCAUGGAGAAUAUCAAGAAGAAAUGCUGCUUUGUGGCCCUGGAUCCUAUCGAGGAGAAGAAAGUCCCUCCCACUGAGCAUAUGAUCCAGUACACUCUGCCUGAUGGGAAGGAGAUACAGCUGUGCCAGGAAAGGUUCCUCUGCUCAGAGAUGUUUUUCAAGCCAUCCCUCAUCAAGUCCAUGCAGCUAGGCCUCCACACCCAGACAGUAUCCUGCCUUAACAAGUGCGACGUUGCCCUCAAACGGGACCUCAUGGGGAACAUCCUGCUCUGCGGGGGCAGCACGAUGCUCAGCGGUUUCCCUAACCGUCUGCAGAAGGAGCUGAGCAGCAUGUGUCCCAAUGACACCCCGCAGGUGAACGUGUUGCCUGAGAGAGACAGUGCAGUGUGGACUGGCGGCUCCAUCCUGGCCUCGCUUCAGGGCUUCCAACCACUGUGGGUCCACCGCUUUGAGUACGAGGAACAUGGGCCUUUCUUCCUCUACAGAAGGUGCUUCUGAACUCUGACGAGGCAUGGCCAUAGCACUGGCAGUGCACAGCUUUGUGGGGUGAGCGCCCUCCUACACAGGUAGCUGGGCCAGUGCACUCAUUCCCAUAGCAUUAAACACCCCUCAUGUUCCCCUC